AUGACAUCUUUGAAUAGUGAAGUGAAUUCGUCGAAGUUAAAGUUUAGUGUGGACAGUAUUUUGGGAAACAAUGAGCCUACUAAUACUCAAGUGUCAGACAAUAGGCCGCAGGAACCUCCGUGCGCGGGAUGUGUUGCAGCGUUAUAUAGAUGCUGUAGAGAUGAGCCCUCCUUGCUGCAGUUGCAAUUGCCGUUGCCAUAUUCACAUCUGCAUCCAGCUUUAAGACCAAGUACAGUUUAUCGUCUUCCACUACCAACAUCCUCACCACCGCAUUCGUCAACGCCACGAUGCGAUGUGACGUCAACGGGAAAGAGAAAGAGAUCAUGGUCGCGUGCGGUUUUCAGUAAUCUUCAGCGGAAGGGCUUAGAAAGGCGAUUUCAGAUACAAAAGUACAUAACAAAACCCGAUAGGCGACAGCUAGCUGCUACGUUAGGAUUGACAGAUGCGCAGGUAAAAGUGUGGUUCCAAAAUAGGCGAAUGAAAUGGCGACAUACGAAGGAGGGCCGCGCGGGUUUGAACUCCGUCGGCCGAGACCCGGACUCGACGGCUAACGAGGAUAACGAAGACAUCGAUGUUGAUACGCUUAGUGAUUAG